GACACAUGGCGCGGGCGGGCAGGCCUUGGUGUCGGGGCGGAAGUGGCGCUGCCCCGAGGCUGUGGCCGCUGCGGGGUAGGAGGCGGCGAUGGGGGAGAAGAAGGUGUCAGCCCGGUCGCAGGACCCCGGGCAGCGGCGGGUGCUGGAUCGCGCCACGCGGCAGCGGCGCCUGAACCGCCAGCUGGAGGCGCUGGAGAAUGACAACUUCCAGGACGACCCGCAGGCAAACCUGCCGCAGCUGGCCAAGCGCCUGCCCCACUUCCACGACGACGCCGACACCGGCAAGAAGAAGAAGAAGACCCGCGGCGACCACUUCAAGCUGCGCUUCCGCAAGAACUUCCAGGCCCUGCUGGAGGAGCAGAACCUGAACGCCAGUGAGGGCCCCAACUACGUGUCAGCCUGUGCGGCACCCUCGGGGCGGCCCCAGCGCCACUUCUGCGCCGUUUGCGGGUUUCCGUCGCACUACACGUGCGUCUGCUGUGGUGCCCGCUACUGCUGUGUGCGCUGCCUCACCACCCACCAGGAGACACGGUGUCUGAAGUGGACAGUCUAGGGGAGCUGCAGUCCCCCAAUCCUGGACCCCCCUUGCCAGGCACUGCUGUCAUGACAAUAAACUCCGCCCCACCUUA